GGGUCAUUCGAUAAGCCAUACAGUACAUUACGAAUACGAUAGUAACAUUAAGUAAGAUUUAAAAUUAAAAAAAUUAAACAAACGAGAAUUCUUUCCGAGUUUGGCCGGAUGUUAACGAUGAAUAGGAUGUGUAGCAGCAUAAUAAAAAAAUGAAAGAGAAAAAAUUGAAGAAAGAGAUAUCAAAUAAAAAGAUAAAAUAGACAAAUGAAAAAUGAAUGCCUGAAAUUUGACGAUAGUCGUUAUAUGAUUCGAUUUAAUUCUAUAACCCAGAUGUGCAUUUGACGCAGUGCCUUUGAUUAUUAAACGACUGGUAUUUUGAUUGACGUGAUCAGAGAAAAUCAAUUCUAAGCGUAUGCCGUUGUCGUUUAACAUUGAUCAAGUUCCUCAACCGGAACUUUUAUCGAUUCAACAUGAUAUCCAAAGAGCGAAGAUGUUUCUCAAGAGACAUAGCACAGAUUCUGGAGAUAAUUUAUACGAUCAUUUGUCCGAGCUUUUGGCUAAAAUUCUUUCUGAACAACCGCAAAAUGCUGUGGAUUUUUUCGAGGAGUACAGCCGUCAAUUGAAAGAGAAGAGAAUCAAAAAAUCUAGAAUUCAAAAAGUAUAUACUACACCGACUGAAUUCGUUGAAACAACAAGACUUAUUAAACUUUUCCAACCUACUACAGAAGAAGUUGAACAUAAAAUCAAAACUUAUUAUGAAAAAUCAGUGAUUCCAAUUCCCAAUUUAAUAGAACUAGUUCACUAUUUGGAACAAUUUGACGUUGGGUUUCCCAAAUCGGAAUGCACUUUACUGAAUCUCAGUAUCCGGAAACUUGUUACCGAGAAAGAAAUAUUAAAUGUUCGAUUCUGGGGUAAGAUUCUUGGAAGUCCGAAGAAUUACUACGUCGUUGAGGCAGAACUUUGUGAGGAAGAGCUUACACGUCGACUUAGAGUUGAAUCUGAAGAAAAUCCGGAGAUUGAAGAAGAAAUAGGAACCGGUUUAAACGAGAAGGUUUACUUAGUGUGCAAUUCUCCAGGAUUAGAUGACUGGAUCGAAUUGCCAUCAGUCACGCCGCAACAAAUUGUAGUAGCAAGACAAAUCAUCCGGUAUUUCACGGGAUGUCUCGAAACUACGGUACAAACUUUCCCUCAUUUUCCUGGAAAUGAAGGGAAUUAUUUACGAGUCCAAAUUGCAAGAAUUACUGCAACCACACUUAUUUCUCCAGUUGGAUACUUUAUUUUUAAAAAUUCAGACGAUGAAGAAGCAGGAAAAUUAAGUAUCAAUCCCAAUUACCAUCCGUUAUCUGUGAAAGACUUAACUGACCCGUCUUUGUCAAAUUGGUGUCACCAUAAUCGUUACAUUUAUGAAGAUGGACAAACCACCAGCUGGGAUUCAUCUGAAGAAGAAUCUGAUGAAGACUCGAGUGAAGAAGAAGAAGAAGAAGAUGAGGAUGAAGUAGGCCCGUCAUUAUUAACAUCAUUAUCAAAAGACACUUUGUUAGGUGCAGUUCCAGCAUGGACUUUAAGAUUAUCGUCUGAAAUUCAGCUGGACACAGCUAUUGCUACUGUCAGGUCAAAUUUAUGGCCCGGAGCUAUUGCAUUUGCCAAGAGCGGGGUAUGUGGUAAUGUGUACAUUGGAUCGGGUCAUAAAUAUGACAUUUGUAAUUAUCGUCCACCAGAAACGCCACUUGUUGAAAAUCAAUAUAAAAUAGGCUCGGAGAAAGAAGAUCGUACUUUGGAAGAAGAAAUUGAUAAUCAUGAACUUCAAUUACCAGAAAAUUUAAAAUCAGAUCAAAUUUUGCCUGAAAAAAAAGCUGGAGAAGAUAAUGGAAAUCCUAAGAAUAAUGAUGAAAAAGAAAAAAAAACUGAUGAUGAAGAGACUUCUGAUUAUGAUGAAGAUGAUGAUGAAUCUGAUGAAACUGAUGAUGAAGAAAGUUAUUAAGAAAUGUUUGUGAUUUUUCAUUUUUAGUUGUAUAACAAAUUUCAUAAAAUUUUUUACAAAA